GUUUAAUAAAAUGCAUAUUUCGUUUCCAUUUAGCAUAUUUCUAAUUUGUUUCACAAUAAUCUUGCACAACAAAAAUGUUAACUCAUCAUUCCCUGAGUUACGGGAGUUUGCGGGCAAUGCUAUUCACAAAAUCAACAGGAUCGCUACAGGGAUAACCGAUAGAAUUGCAGGUGUCGUCAAUCCUAACAGGAACCAAGAGGUCGAUUAUUUGCCUAAUGAUGGACCGGCUCAUCAGUUAUACGACAAACACCGAGAGAGACACAGCGAAAGGUUGACAAAGAUCUGCGAGUUCUUCAGACACGGGCGCCUCCAUAGGAGACCAUGUAAUGGAAGGCAUGGCAGACACAGAGAUAGAGACAGAUAUAGGGAGGAAGAGA